CGGAACGCCGAAUCCGAAUCAAACCGCCUUGUGUAUCACAUGAUAAACGGUUCCUUUAUUCAAGAUCCCACACUCUCACUCACGUAGAUCCGAAAUGGUAGAGUUUGACAGGGUGAUGGCCCGGUUUCUGGUCCUGCUAGGAAUGUUAUGUUAACUACGUAGAUCUGAUCUUGGGGAUAGGACUACGUAAUCCCGCGAGAAAAUCAAAUGUCUGGUAGCUAUUCCGGGUCACGCUUACGCGCUUAGCUUGACGAUGUUCCCUCGACAUGGAUCUCCGCAUCUCCAGCUUGCUACCUACCCAGAUGUCUGGGGCCAUUUUUUAUCUACGGGGUUAUAUUUAACCUUCCCUCUAUUCUUUGACGUGUCUGCCACUAGUGUUGAAAACUGCCAAAUAGCCACCUGUUAUUCUUUAGGUCUCCCACCACCCUUCUUCUAUUCUCUCUGUCGUUGAUUAGGUCGGUUCUUGGUGCAAGCGCAGGAAUAUGGCGGAAAACAGACUUCAACAGGCCUCGUCGGCAGCUAAUACCGCUGAUACGAUAACUCCCGUCGAAGACGCUAACCACCAAGCCCACAUCGUCAACUCGCGAGCAGAUAAGGCAGCGCAGUUCAUCGCCGAGCAUGGAGAGGUCACAUUCAACUACGAGGAGGAACGUAAAGUUAUUCGGCGCAUCGAUAUACGAAUUCUACCUCUAAUCCUCGGUGCCUACUUCUUCCAACAACUGGACAAGUCGUCGCUCUCAUACGUUUCGAUCUUUGGCAUCAUGGACGAUGCCCAUCUUAAGUCUAUCGAAUAUUCGUGGCUAGGGUCUAUCCUGUACAUCGCGCAGCUCAUCUUCCAGCCGCUUGCGGCUUUCCUUCUCGUGAAACUGCCCACGGGUAAAGUCAUUGGGACGGCUGUUGUAUGCUGGGGUGCUUGCGCGGCAAUUAUGGCGUCUUGCACUAACUUCAAAUCACUCCUGGCACUGCGCUUCCUCCUAGGCUCAUUCGAAGCCAUGAUCGCCCCGUCAUUGCUGGCAGUGACGCAGAUGUGGUGGCGGCGCUCCGAACAGACCUUACGAGCUUCGUACUGGAACGCCAUGAAUGGCUUGACCUUCAUCGUCGGUAGUUUGGUGACAUACGGACUCGGCCACAUCACAAGCGACAAGAUCUACAGAUACCAGACUAUCUUCAUCUUCUGUGGUGCUUGUACCGUUAUUUUCGGCGUUAUUUUCUUGAUUUUCAUGCCUGACUCUCCUAUGGAGGCUAAAUAUUUGAAUGAGCGCGAGCGAAUUAUUGCCGUAGAACGUCUUCGUGCGAACCAGAUGGGCGUCGCGAGUCGCCAGUGGAGAUGGGACCAUGUUAGGGAGACGUUCACGGACUUCAAGACGCUGCUGUGGUUUAUCCUCAUCGUCGCAAUCUCGAUUGCCAGUGGUGGUAUUAGCACCUUUGGGAACCUCAUCCUGAAGGAUUUCGGCUACACCAAUUUCAACGCUAUUCUGUUCAGCAUGCCUACGGGAGCCAUUCAGAUCGUCAUGAUUAUCGGUUCGGCUUGGGUUGCUACAAAGAUAGGGAGGAAAGGCAUCGUCAUUACGGGGAUUUCUUGCCUUCCUACCAUUGGAACCGUCCUCAUGCUGACGGUACCCCGCAACGAGAAAAACAAAGGGGUUCUUCUGCUGGGCUACUAUCUGGUCCAGUGCUUAGGAGCGAUUACGCCGAUGGUUUACGCGUGGUCCGCUCAGAACACGGGCGGUGACACUAAGAAGAAAACCAGUUCGGCUAUGAUGUUCAUGGGAAUGUGCACGGGAAACAUCAUCGGCCCUCUCCUAUACAAUACGAAAGAUGCACCGCUAUACCGCCCUGGUCUGAUCGCAAACUUGGUCAUGUUCGUCACUGUCGGUGUGCUUGGAAUUCUCAUUCCCAUGUACCUCACGGUCUUAAACAGAUGGCACGCUAAAAAGCGAGAAGAACUCGGGAAACAAGCGAAUGUGGUCGACGAGUCGAUGGUAAGGAGAAAGGAUAUGGAGGACAGCAAGGCGGUCGAAAUCGAGCAGAAUGAGCAAGCUGCAACCAACAUUGAGGAUGAUAACGGUCUUAAUGAUCUUCCGGAUCUUAAGAACGAGGAUUUUAUCUACGUAUGUUAGCGACGAUACGUAGGCUCAAUCUACUUCGCCGAUAAUACAUUUUAGAAUGUUUCCAUGAAA